AUUAGCACGAAGCCACUUCGUUUUUUGCUUUUUUUAUUCACUAUUCCUGUCACCCAAUUCGUUAGAAUUUUCCUUGGAAAAUCAUAGACGACGGGGAUUUGGCAAUGAGCAGGCUCCGAUUACUUUUACCACCAUUAAAUUUUAUCACUAUACAUUAUGUAUACUUUAUUAUUGUCCCUCUAAUAUCAUCUGUGGUGUUCUGGGGCUCGUCGAAUCCCAGAUCUAGCAUCAGUUAUGUCGACAGCUUAUUCCUCGUCACCUCUGCCAUGACAGAGGCUGGCCUAAAUACUGUCAAUCUAAGUCAGAUGACCACUUGGCAGCAGGUACUUCUAUGGCUUUUGAUCAUCAUCGGCUCUUCCAUCUGGGUGUCUAUUUGGACCGUCUUGGUACGCAAACACGCCUUCGAAACGCGCUUCCAAGAGAUUGUGCGCAAGGAGCGUAAACGCAGUCUUGACCGGCGCAAUGCGAGUUUGACUCUCCUCCCCAUUACUCACAGGCUUAGAUCCUUGGGUAGGAGUAGGACAGUACAGGACGGCGGCGAGGGUGCUCCUUGGGGCCAGCGCCCAGCUAUCAACCUGCCCGUCAUAUCUCGUCCAAGUGACAGGAGGUUGGUCUCUGCCAUUGUACCUCCACACCAGCAGUCUGGCAUCCGUACCAGCGGUUCCUUUGCCCGCUCACAGAGUGUGACCGCAGUAGAGGAUGUUGCGCCAGCUUUUGGUACUGCGGAUGCCGAAGAAGCAAAUACAGGGGCUUCAACUGCCACUGAGCACGUCAUUUUCGCCGACGAUCUUCAUUCCGCAGCCAGGUCGAUGUCUAUCCUCCCUAGCGGUACCACUGUGCAAAGACACCUGUCUAACACCGACACGGCCGUUAAUCCUCGCAGCUACCUAAAGGGACAUAAAGUCGGGCGCAAUGGCCAAUUUCACAGCCUGACAAGCGAAGAACGCGAGGAGCUUGGUGGCACUGAGUACCGAGCUCUGAAGCUUCUUUCUGUAACCGUCCCGCUGUAUUUUUUCCUCUGGCAGUUUCUCGGAUGCAUCUCGCUCGGUGCGUGGAUUGCUAAUAACUUUCCGGAACCUGCUUUAGAGAAUGCUAUUUCACCCUGGUGGAAUGGCAUCUUCAAUGGCGUGUCUGCUUUUAAUAAUAGCGGCAUGAGUGUGUUGGACGCAAACAUGAUUCCCUACGGAAGCUCAUAUUUCGUACUCAUCGUUAUGGGUACAAUGAUUCUCGCUGGUAAUACAGCGUAUCCCGUCUUCCUACGAUUUAUUUUGUGGAGCAGCUUGAAGAUGUUGAAGUGGAUGACCUAUGAUGAUGAUUUUGUAGAAUGGAAGGAGACGAUUGAGUAUAUUCUCAAAUACCCCCGCCGUGUCUAUACCAAUCUUUUUCCGUCACGUCAGACCUACUGGCUUGUUUUCAUGCUCUUCGUGCUUAACGGUACUGAUUGGGUGGCGUUUGAGGUUCUCAACCUUGGCAAUUCUACUCUUGAGCAAAUUCCUCUCGGGUCUCGCAUCAUCGAUGGACUCUUUCAAGCUCUGGCUGUCCGUUCAGGAGGCUUUUACGUUGUAUCCAUCCCGACUCUAUUCAUCGGCCUACAGGUGCUUUAUGUUAUCAUGAUGUAUAUUUCGGUGUAUCCUGUAGUGAUAACAAUGAGACAUUCCAAUGUCUACGAAGAACGAUCGUUGGGGAUCUACGGGGAAGAUCCGAUCUAUAGCGACGCUUUGACUCGUUCUGUCUCGCGCGGUCAGUCGAGCAGUAAUUCCCAGUCUCUGAGUCGGAUGGUCCGCGUCGCGUUUGCAGAAUGGUAUGGAGUCGAGGCUGCGCCGAACCAGCUAGAGAGUCGGAUUAGCUUCAUCAGCCACCAAAUUCGUGGGCAGCUCUCUCACGACCUGUGGUGGCUUGUUUUGGCGGUCCUACUGAUUAUGAUCAUCGAAACCAAGCAUUUCCUUGAGGACCCGGUCACUUAUUCUGUCUUCAACGUCGUUUUCGAAGUGGUCUCCGCUUACGGAUGCGUGGGCAUCAGCAUUGGAUUUCCGAACGCAGCAUACAGCUUCAGCGGUGGACUUUAUCCUGGGAGUAAGCUAGUCCUUUGCGCUGUCAUGAUAAGAGGUCGACACCGCGGCUUACCGGUAGCGCUUGAUCGCGCCGUCAGACUUCCUAGCGACGACAUGCAUAUAGUCGAAGAGGAAGAUCAUCUUCGUAGGUCCAUCUCGGUAAGGCGACCGAGCUUUAACGACAUGGGCAUAUGAUCCGAUGACCGCCGCCAAUCAAUGUGGAUGCGAAUCCACAAGUCGUUGCUCUGCCUUUCUGAGUAAAUGUCUGCUUCUCCAAAGAUUCAACGUAGCAAUUGG